UAAACAAUCCUGGCAUCAUGCAAGAGCAUAGCAAAGCGAACGUUAACAUGUGUCACUCACUCACUUACUUUAUUGUCGGAAAUAUUUAAUGUUUGAUUUCUUUUCUUAAUCCCAUUUUUAUUUAUUUCGUUUCAUCACAAGCCAUCCCUUCAUUUCUUCCGCUUUCUUGUUCUUUCUCUGCAACUUUGUUGGGGCUCAACACCCUGCAACUUUCCAAAAAGAGCUGCUAACUGACCAUUGAAAUGGAUGCCGAUGUCAUUCAUGAAGAGGGUGUUUCUGGUGAUGACUUCAAUAGUAUGGAACCGGAGGCAGGGUCAAGUAGAGCUGACAUACUUGAUGGGAUAUCAGCUGGUGGAGAGGUGGAUGGAGAAUUAGGAAGGGCUAGUGAGAUUCUAACAAGAGUAGAAUUAGAUUUAGCAUGUUCCUCAGAGAAAUUGGUUAACUUAAGUGUACUUACAAUGCAUUUGGCGACUAGGGAAACUGACUUGGAAUCAUUUAUGUCAGAAAAAGACUAUUUGCUGGUUGAUUCUUUUGAGAAGGCUGUGGAGUUUGAUCUCUUAUCUGGAAUUUUAGAUUCCGAGGUUAACGAACUGGAUAAGUUUAUGGAGUGUCUUGAAACUGACAUUAUUAGUUCCCGUGAGACAAUAUCUUCAUUUAAGCACUUGGGAGAAGCUUUCUUCAAAAUGGAGGAUAAGUUAUGUGUUUCUGAAGAAUCAUUGAAGCAGUUAAUAGAUCAAGUCUCAGAAAUUAAGAUGCAAUCUGCUGAUUUCCCAAAGAUUUUAUCAUGUCUUCAUGGAAAUGAAAAUUGGAACAAUGAAAAUGGUGUGAACGUAUCAGAAGCUGACCAAUCCUCUAGUGUUGAUGCAAAGAUAGAAAUGCAAACAAUUGAACAGCAAAGGAAUAUUUUGAGGAUGCUGGAGAAAUCUUUGGCUAGGGAAAUUGAUCUGGAACAGAAGUUAGCAGAAUCUAGGCAAAUUGAGGAGGAGCUUAAACCAAGGGUGCUCUCUUUAGAACAAGCGAUGAUUUGCAUGGAGGAAGAGACAAUGGAUGUUAGUGAAAGGUUGUUUGAAGCAGAGAAUGCAGCGGAGGUGUUUAUGAGGAUUUCAAAGGAGCUACUGGGUCGACUUCAACUUGUUCAGUUUAAUUUGAAUAGUUCAAUUAAUCGUGAAACUGAGCUAAGAUUGAAGCUCGAAGAGUCCACAGAGAAGUUGGAAGCCAAAGAGAGUGCAUUGCGGAAGCUUGAAAGUGGUGAUUCUAGAGUCAGUGACUUUCUUCUAGCACAGGCAGACAACUUAAAAGAAAAGUUGACAGAAGCUGAAAAUAAGUUCAUUCUUGCCGAUUCUGAGGCAUUCACUUUGCGUGAGAAGAUAGAAUUAUUAGAGAAGCAACUUGAAGAAUAUGAGUUAAACAUGUUGAAUGCAAAAGCUUCUGGUGAUGAAAGUCGUGAACAACAUGAUACUUUAUGUUCUCAGCUCCAUGAAUUGGAAAAUGUGACUGCUGAUUUGAAAGAGAGAUUAUCUGAAGCAGAAAAUAGAGCAGAUAAUGCUGAAUCCAAAUGCAAAUUAUUAGGUGAGGCUAACAUGGAACUUAAUGAAGAGCUGGGUCUUCUUAAAGGCCAAUAUAUAACGUCUGAAAAGGUGGAAUUACUUGAGAGGCAAUUGAAGGAAUCUGAGAUCCGGUUACUGAAUGCCGUGGCUUCAGCUGAAGCUAGUCAGGAGAAGCAAAAUAUGUUGUAUUCUACAAUUGGAGAUAUGGAAAAUUUAAUUGAGGAUCUAAAAUUGAGAGUUUCAAAAGCUGAAAGUCGAGCUGAUACUGCAGAAGAUAAGUGUAUCAUAUUAUCUGAGAAUAACGCAGAGCUAAGUGAAGAACUGAGCUUCUUGAGGGGUAGACUGGGUUGCUUGGAGGCAUCUUUAAAUCGAGCUCAGGAAAUGAAAAUGGCAACUGCAAGGGACAUAGGCAUUCGUGCCAAACUGAUAGCAAAUUUGCUCAUGCAAUUGAGCAUGGAAAGAGAGCGCCUUCACCAGCAGAUAUCUGGACUAGCUCUGAAAAAUAAAAUUUUGGUAGUGAAGUUGAAGCAAACUGACAGGGAUCCCUCUAUAGUUAGGAGCCAUGAGAAUAGGGGAAAUGUGGAGGAAUUUUUUUUUUCAAAGCAAGACUCCAGUACUGCUGCUGCAAGAGAAAGUAAGGAAGAAAUAACCAAGUUGUCAGCCAGUGGUUCUGAGGUUGUUUGAGUUUAUGGCCAUCUAUCUGCCUAUUCUGUUAAUUUAGAUUUUAGGAGUAUAUGUAGUUGAAGAAUAUGUUAAUACAGGAGUGGCAUAAAGGCUCUUCCAUCUGAAAGCAUUGCUGUUAAAGUGCCUAAUUGAAAGUGAAACCUGCUAUUCUUGCAAUUUGCCUUGUCAAGGAGUUGGUUGUCCUGGUUAAAGUUGCUGUGUUUUCUUGGGAUGAUGGUUUCACUAUCCCAAUCUUGGGAUAGAAUAAAGGUUGUAAAUGAAUUUUAACAUUUCUUUAGAGCAAGUGGGAAAAGCAUGUAUAAGAGUAAUUAAAUUGCGAUAGCCCAUAGGCACUCCAGCUCCUUAAUCUCUCUCUCUCAUCUAUGACUCUAUUGAGAGUUGCAAGCCCAUGACACUUAAGGCAUUAUUUGUUGAGACCAAAUGAUUUCAAAUAUGGCUAUUUCUAGCAGUACCCUGUAUUUUUUGCUGCUUGCUAGGAUAUGUGCAUUUUUUUAUGUGUAUGCUCAUAUGCCAUAUAUCUGUUUGCCUCAAUUGCCAUAAACUUUGACAUAGUCUUUCCAGCUUUCUCUACCCUCUUGCUACAUUUAGCCUGAAUUCUUAAUUGGUGUAGCCAUUUGACCAUGCUCUUUUGUUUUGUUUGUUUGUUUUUCUUUUCUUUUUGUUUUAGAACCCUUCUGUAGAAGUGAGAUGAAAAAGUAGAAUAAUGUUUUAUGUUUGGAGAGGCUUUUAUACAUUGAUAGCUUAUUAUAUAGCAACUUUAUAUUUUCUGUAUUUGGAUGUUAUCUGAUGUUUGGUUCCUU